CCCGCCCCUCCCCCGCCAGGGGGCAACCUCGAACCCCGAACCGAAGCCAGGCGGCGGCGGCGGCGGCGGCGGGAGGAGGAAGAGGAAAGAAAAGAAACAAGGCGGCGGGGCCGGCCCCGCCCCCCGUCGCCAUGGCAACUCCCGCCACCGCCCCCAGCGCCAGCAAGACGUGGGAGCUGAGCCUGUACGAGCUGCACCGCACCCCGCAGGAGGCCAUCAUGGACGGGACGGAGAUCGCGGUGUCGCCUCGCUCCCUGCACUCGGAGCUGAUGUGCCCCAUCUGCCUGGACAUGCUGAAGAACACCAUGACCACCAAGGAGUGUCUGCACCGCUUCUGCUCCGACUGCAUCGUCACCGCCCUCCGCAGCGGGAACAAGGAGUGCCCGACCUGCCGCAAGAAGCUGGUUUCGAAGCGGUCGCUGCGCCCGGACCCCAACUUCGACGCCCUCAUCUCCAAGAUCUACCCGAGCCGGGAGGAGUACGAGGCCCACCAGGACCGCGUCCUCGUCCGCCUCAGCCGCCUGCACAACCAGCAGGCCCUCAGCUCCAGCAUCGAGGAGGGGCUGCGCAUGCAGGCCAUGCAUCGGGCCCAGCGUGUGCGGCGGGCGCUGCCGGAGUCGGACCAGACGACCACCCUGAGCGGCGGGGACGGGGAAGCCGAGGCCGACGGGGAGGCCGAGCCCGACGGGGAGGAGCUCAGCUCGGACUCGGGCCCGGAUUCGAACCCCGGCCCGGCCCCGAAGCGGCCCCGGGGCGGCGGCGGGGGCGGCGGCGGGGGCGGCCCCGAGGACUCGGGGGACCCCGGCCGGGGCCCCCCGAGCGGCGGGCCCGGCGGCGGGCCCGGCCCCCCCAGCCCCCCGGAGCCCGGCGGCGAGAUCGAGCUCGUCUUCCGGCCCCACCCGGUCCUGGUGGAGAAGGGCCAGUACAGCCAGACCAGGUACGUGAAGACCACCGGCAACGCCACGGUGGACCACCUGUCCAAGUACCUGGCCCUGCGCAUCGCCCUGGAGCGGAGGCAGCAGCAGGAGGCCGGGGGGCCCGGGGGUCCCGGGGGUCCCGAGCCCGGGGCCCUGCCCAGCCUGGACGGGGUGAGCGAGAAGCAGUACACCAUCUACAUCGCCACGGCCGCGGGGGCCUUCACGACCCUGAACGGCUCCCUGACCCUGGAGCUGGUCAACGAGAAGUUCUGGAAGGUGUCGCGGCCCCUGGAGCUGUGCUACGCGCCCACCAAGGAGCCCAAGUGACGGCUUUUUCUACAAAAUGUCUAUAGCAGAGUCUUCUAUAUUGUACAGAAACCGGCUUGGGGGGGGCCCCCCCCCCGAGAAACAAGGAUUUUUGGUUCUUUCUC